UUGAGCGAGAGGGGACAGGUCGCGUGCUAAAUCAUCUUAAAUCAGUCCCCUUGUUGAACGAGUGCACACUAAAGAAGCGACUGGAUUAUAUAUUUGAUAAAGAUUUUAUUAACGCGAGCUUCCUUGGCGGGACAGGUGUUUUGAUGUCUGCACAGCGAUUGUCUCUCUUGCCAUGUCUGCACGCUGCCCUAAGUUACGCGAUUCUCAUGUUGGCUGCUCUGCCAGACUUAACCACAGGCCGGAAUUGCUCCCACCCACUCGUACCAGAGCACGGAGGUUUCCGCUGUGAUCCUUCUCCCUGUCGAGGUUUUCCUCAGAAGAGCAUCAUUUACUUCUUUUGCGAGCCAGGCUACAUUCUUCCAACACGCCACCAUCGGGCUCAAUGUAAGGAUGGACAGUGGAGGCCAGUCGUGCCUACCUGUAUACCCCGACCAGAUGCUGAACAACAUGAGAAAGUAGUCAGCUCUAUCCCAAGUGUGGCUACAACUGCUAUUGGAGUCUCCAUUUUUCUGCUUACCACAACGGCCUGUUUGGUGAUCAAGUCCCGACUGUUCUCAUGUCGUGCGCAUAGGAGGUCUUCUGAUCAGUUGGACCUGGUUGUGGAUGGAUUACCCGUUUCUCUUCCCACAUACGAGGAGGCGAUCUAUGGUAGUUGGGGUCAACGACUUCCACCUUUCUGUGGACCCACGCAGCUUCUGUUAGCACAGGACACAUCGGAGCAUAGUCCACUGACGUCACUCAUGCGACCAGAUUCAAACCGUUGCACGGACACGGCCAAUCAGAGCACAGAGACUUUACCGCCACCUUACGAAGAGGUCCAAUCACAAUCCAGAGACCGUGGAAAUGAUAUUGAGGAACGGGCCUCGCAAAGUGCACUUUCUGUUGAUAAAAUCAACUAAAUACUUGACUUUAUCUCACCUUUAGCCUUUUGAUUGUUAAUAUCCUUGCACAGGAUCACAAAUCGAAAACAUGUAGAGGUCACUUACUUUGGCUUAAAACUCCAUGUGUUUGAGUAAAGUCAUAAAAAGGUACAGGUGUUUUCGCAAUGAUCGUAAUGGUCCGAUAUAGCCAUCUUUAAUUUCUAGGUGAAGUGCUGCAAUGUCAAUUUUGUGGAUGUUUUCAGUGACAAUCUGGAGACUUGGCUAUCAUCUCUCCUCAAUGAGGGGAUAUAGAUCAUGGUGUUCAAGGGUGAUGAACGACUUUUAUUUAAUAAUGUAGGUAUUAUAUUAGGAGAUGAGAAAUAGACUUUUAAUUUAAACAUCUAUGAAGAUGAAAUGCUGGCUAGUUAAAUCUUCAGGGGUGACAUCUCUUCCCAAAAUCCCUCAUGUCACCUUGAGCAGGCUCAAGGAAACUGGUUUUGGCCUGCAUGAGAAUAAUAUAUUAAACUUAUCAUUUAGACCUGAAAGAGAUUGAAUUUUUUAAAACAGUCUAGCUGUUUGGACUCAGACCUUCACUCUGUUCAGUGUUUUGCAAAGCAUGUAGAUUGAAUGUGUAAUUGUAGUAUAUAUGAUUUUAAAUGCAAUCCUUCCACCAGAAAAUAUACAAAAAUGCAUAUAAACAAAGCUGUUAAAUAUAUUGCAUUAACAUGUAGUACUACAGACUUGAAGUGUACUUUCUGAGUGGACAAUGAAUGUUUUUGUGUAUUUGUUUAUAUAUUUUUUCAUUUUAUGAUAUGUAACAUUUAAGUUACAUCGUGUAUAUAAUGCUGCACAAAUGGUAUCUGUUAUAUAUAGCUAUAUAUUAUUGCUAAAAUUUAUAAUCUUUAUGAAUGGAAUGUUUGCUAUUAAAAUAUAUUUUAAAUCUGA